AUUGACACGUUGUACAACAGGAGUUGUCCCGCUUAGUUUAGUCUUCCGUAUUGUCGGUGUUUGUUUACCAUCUCAUUAUGGAAUGACAAUUACUGUCGGUUUGUUGGCCGCAAUUUAGAACAAGCUAGAGAAUGGAACUAAAAGGACAGGUGGUAGUAUACUCCAUUGUGGGGUGCCCUCAUUGCAUGAAGGCAAAAAAUACUCUACAAGAAAAGGGAAUUCCCUACACCGACAUCAGCUUGGAUAAAUUCCCCAAGUGUAGGGAGGAACUCAUCUCAAAAACCGGCAAGAAGACCGUUCCUCAGAUAUUCUUUAAUGCUACUCAUGUCGGAGGAAACGAUGACCUGCAAUCGCUGAUCAAUGACAAGGAGAGAUUUGAUGCAUUGCUUAAUGAUGUCAUCACUAAUGAAGCUCCUCCAGAUGCCCCCCAAAUUCCAGAUCCGGAUACUGCAGUUCCAGAUUCAGAUGUGGGAGAUUUCACCUGUGAGCCGGACGAGUAUGCAGUCCUGGUAAAGAAUCUCAGAGCCAGUGGCCUGAUCAAGGACCACCGGAGAUUUUUGUUGGUCCAGAAGAACACCUUUGUGGGGAAAGAGUUUGUAGACUGGAUCGUCAAAACCAAGGGACUAGACAGAUCUGUAGCAGUAGAGAUGGGACAGAAGCUGAUUGAUCAACAUUUUGGACACAACCUAAAAUCCAAUCAGAUGUUUGAGGACUCGGACACUCUGUACAGGCUGAUGGAUGAUGAUGAGUCUACGGCUCUAAAUGCUGGGGAGAUGUCAACAUGUGAACCAAGACCAGCUGGUGAGUUGGGAGAAGAUAUCAGAAAGCUUAUAUUAAAGAUAUACGCAGCCUUCUUGUCGUCUGAUGGUAAGAAAGUGAACUACAAAGGAAUUGCUGGCAGUGAUGAAUUUAAGAAGUAUGUACGUCUUACCAAAGAGUUGCAGCGAGUGAAUGUCGUUGAUGCCAGCGGGAAUGAGAAAGUGGCCUUCUUCAUCAAUAUCUACAAUGCUCUUGUCAUUCAUGCUAAUGUUGCCUUUGGACCUCCUGUAAAUCUGUGGCAGCGAUACAAGUUUUUCAAUACUGUCCGUUAUAUCAUUGGUGGACAUGCUUACUCACUGCAAGAUAUAGAGAAUGGAGUAUUGCGAGCAAAUAGAAAAGGAGUGGGAAUGCUGUUUCGUCCUUUCUCCCAGUCUGAUCCACGCCUGAAGGUCGCCUUAGAAGAGCCGGAGCCUUUCAUUCACUUUGCUCUUGUGUGUGGAGCCAAAAGCUGUCCCCCCAUCAAAACAUACUCCACUGAUGGGUUAGAGGAUCAACUGAAACUGGCCGCUGAAGCUUUCUUGGACAGUGAAGAUGGCCUCACCAUUGACAUGAACAAAAAACAAAUCUUUCUCACCAAAAUUCUCAGCUGGUAUCAAGAAGAUUUUGGGAAAAACAAAGAAGAGGUUUUACAGUGGAUUCUAGCCAAUCUGUCCGAUGGGGAGAGGAAAUCUCAGUUGAAAGAGCUAUUGGAUGGAAAGUCGUACAAAGUGGGAUACAAGCAUUAUGACUGGGGACUCAAUUCAUAAUCCAGAAACUCCCGACUCUCUCAAUGUUUACCGAUUGAUAUCUCCUUGUGUGUUCUCUUACCAUAUGUUGUAACUGUGUUUUUUGGUCAUAUUUUACCCUGCAUACAUACCAAGUUCUUUGGGGUUUUUCAUUCUAUUUAUUUUUUCAAAUUGUAUUACAUUACAUUUUCAAUGCCACAAAUCACAUUUGCAAUAUCUGAUGCCAUCCUUUAAACCAUGAUUUUUUUUAAAACUAGGAAUUUAUAUAACAUGCAACCAUAUCUACUGCAAUAUUAAUUCAAUAUGUUCUGUGAUGUUGCUGAUUUGUUACAUGUACAACUAACCAAACUGUUUUGUAAUCCUACAUGUAAUAAAAUGCAUGAAAACAGAGUUUCAGCCAAUGAAAUCUUAUGGAUAUUGACAAUUUUAUAUUUUGUGUGCCUGUAUAUAUUGUACCAGGUGCAGUUCCGUUAAGUGGAUGUGUUGGUUGUUGAACAUUGUUGUGUAUUUGUUUUGUCUGUUUAUAAAAGCAAGUAUAUUUUUUUAAACCAAAGUACUCGAUGCUGUUGAUUCCAUUGAAAGCUGGGGAUACCAGUUCACUUAUCAGGAUCUGUAACCAUAUCCAGCAUAAUAUACAGGUGAACAAGAUAGCAACCAUAUUAUUAUUUCAAGUAUCAUUCCUGUCAAUAUCAUUAUGUAUGUACAAUGAUUUUGUGAUUGUUCCAUGACAAGUGCUUAUUUAUACAUUUAGUGAUUUGUACAUGUCCAUUUGUGAAUUCAGUUUUAGUAAUAUGAUAAGUUAUAGAAUAUUUUCCUUAAAAAUUACCAAAUUAUAUUCUUUUAUUCAUUUAUUUUUUUCUAAUAAAGUUGUGAGUGAAGAUGUAUCAAAGUGAUUGUUCUGAAAAGUGAAUAGAGAAAAAUACAUA